CCAUGUUCUUAUUAAAACGUCUCGCAAGGCGUGAUUUUUAGGUUAAGGAAAAUAUGAUUUUGUAACUAAAAAAUUGUAUUAAAUAGGGAAAAUGGGAAUUGUUUAUGUUAUGGAAUUAGUUUUAAUUGUAAUAAUAGUUGUACUUUGUAGUAUACUAAUGUUUAAACUACUUUACAAAUUGCGAUCAACAUUGCCUUGGCGAGUGAAUUGUUGGUUUUGCAACGGUGACUUCUGGGUAAAAUUUUUGAUACGGAAUAAUUGGAUUUGCCCAAGAUGCGAACAGUACAAUGGAUUUACAAAGGAUGGUGACUAUAACAAGCCUAUAAUUCCAAACAAUGAGCAAGCCCUGCCUCCAAGGGUUUUUCAGAAGAGUCCUCCGAGGAAUGGGCUCUGCAAGAUGUGCAACAUCAACCAACAGCUGAAAGUUGCUCAACUGGCAAGUUUUGUGCCGAUGCAUGAGAAGAAGUAUGAUGAAGAAAUAGAAGUUUAUAGAGCACAACUAGAAAAGGCUUACAAAUUAUGUAGUCCAUGCAAAAGAGUUCUCCAAAUGAAACUCCAUAAAGAAAAAGAGACCCUUCUCGCUACAAAAUUGCUAGAGAAGAGAUCCUCAGAAAAGAGUGGGCAACACAAGGAAAUACAAAAUAAAAUUCUCAAGAGCUUUAUAAAUAAGACAUCCACUUUAAUAGCUACAGUUUUGAUAUUAUUGAUUACUAUAGAAUUAUACAAAAAUAUAGAAAAUCAUAAAAAGUUACCAAAAUCUGUGACUAAUGUGAAACAGAUUGUGACUGGACUAUUUGAGAGGAUUGUGUCUAUAGUGAAAAUGAAGAUGCUUAUGACAUUCCCAGUACUAGAAAAUUACCUCGUUGACGUAAAUGUAUUAUUUGAUAAGCUGCCAAAAAUGAAUUUAACUAGUGAAGACAUCAGCAGUUUUAUGUUGUUGACUCAGAAAGCACUAGGUGGUUUUGUAUGUUUUAUACAAAUUAUUGGACAUGUUUGGAAUGUGAACAAACAGAAGUAUACAAUAGCUAUAGACCUGCUGUGGUCAGUAUUUGUGAUAAGUGCCAUGUCACAUGGAGUCACUAUAGAUCCUGUGAUAAUAAGUGUUAUCAAGCUGGCUAGUGCAUCAAUAGUUUUACUAAUAUAUAUGAGUAUGAAAAAUAAACCACUCAAAACAUCAAGAAUAUAUGCUACUCCAAAAAGAAUGAAGAACCUUGUAAACGGAUCAAAAACUUCAAUUGAUGAAGAUGAUACUUUUUCUUUUGACACUGAUGAUGAUGUAUCUCUUAGUAAAUUCGGUUUACGUAAUUUUUCUGACUCUUCAAAUGACACUAUCAGUCCCCUAAGUAACAGUUUGAACGGCAGGACCUUCACGCCGCGUAGUGAUAGUGUUUGGACUAAACCUAAACAUAAUUCGACAUUCUGUGUCAAUUCUCUCGUAAGCAAAAGCCCCAGUUCAGUUUCUGAGACUGUAUUUGCCAAACCAUCUUUUAAUAAAUAUCAAAAGUUUGACAAAGAUGACUCUGAUUCAGAUCUUGAUGAAAGUAUCAGUUCUUUGUGUAUAAGUAGUCAAAAAAAAGCAAGAAAAAUUAAUCCAAUCUUCUCAUUAAGAAAAUACAAUCCGACACCAACUUUUGUAACGCCCACAGCAAUGAAUCGGGCCAGGCCUCUCAUAUCGCCCAGCAAACUAGGGCACAGCACGUCUUGGGUGGCGGGCGGCUAUUGGGGCUCCGACGGAGAGCGGCAGCUGUUCAACUUGGACGGCAGCCGCUCGUCGAGCCAGAGUUCGGGGUUCGAAUCCCAGACGUCGAGCGUGAACCAGCGUAACAUUUUCUCGCAGCCUCCGUCGCGCGAAGAGUCCGUGUGCGGUGAGCCCAUGGCGGUGGACAAUCAAGUGCCAAGUUUCAAUAACUUUCAGUCUCCGCAGAACUUCAGCCGCGUCAGUUCGCCGGUGUUCCCUCAGAUGCAGUACAACAGUCACGUGCACAUUCCGCAGGCGAGGUUCGCGCACCAAGCCGCGGCGCACGCCGUGUUCUCCCAACAACAAUACCUACAAAACAAUAUGUUCAAGACCCCCGGCGGGUCUGGACUCAUCAAACUGCCCCAAGUGAACUCCUUCGCAUCAAAUUAAUGCCCGAUCACUAGUCAGACAUUUUCCGCACUUUCGUAUUCAUGAAAUUUCUUUCGUUCUUUUUUUUUUUGCUUCUUUUCCUCUGUUGGAACUUUGAUGAACUGCCAUUAUAAUUAAGAUAUUUUGUUAAGUUAUACCUCUUUAGUAUUUAUAAGUGGUUGUUAGUCGUAAUGUUUGAGACUAAACUUAGCGUAAGAGUACUUGCUGAUCUCGUGUUGACGCCAGGUGACGGCUAUAUGAAAGCAUUAAGAAUUAUUGUAUUGUUACAAUUUUUAUACGGACGUCACUGUCCCUUCUCGAACAAAAUGUGAUAUUGUAAAGACUAGUAAAAUUUUGCAAAGAGUGAAAUAAAAAUGAUUCUUGAUGUUAUCAUUAUUUUGAUUUUGUCAUUUUAAAUCUGAAACUUUUUGUGAAGCUCCUGCAAUAAAAAGAUAAGAUUGUA